AUGGGUAGUAUCGAGACUCCAGCUCGUCGCUAUGAGCGAACACCGUUUGGAAAGGAGAUGUUGAAGCAUUUCUCCAUCGACCCUACCUAUACAGAGCUGAAUAAUGGUGAAUACAGCAAUUCCUCCCCUCUCCCUCCUAGCUCCAUGUUUGGGCUUGGACCAGUAGUUCUGACGGAUAUAGGUUCCUUUGGCAGCGUCCCCACCGUCAUCCUGAACAAGGCCCAUGAACUGCGUAAACGAUGCGAAGGACGGCCCUGCGCGUUUAUCAGAUACGAAUACCCAGCUGGUCUGGAUAAGUCUCGAGAAGCAGUGGCCAGACUCCUCAACGCCCCUCCUGAAACAAUCGUCCUGGUUGCAAAUGGCUCCACGGGAUCAAACACCAUAAUGCGCAACUUCGCCUGGAACCCCGAUGGCAAAGAUGAGAUCAUACAGGUUAGCAUCAUCUUUGCUCCCCUGGGCAAGAUGACAGGCUAUGUUGGCGAGCUGAACCCGGGCAAAGUGCGCACCCGCCAGGUACAGCUUACCUAUCCCCUUGAAGACGACGAAGUAGUUGCUCUCUUCAAGGCCGGUAUUCAAGCUUCUCGUGAUGCUGGAUUCCGGCCACGGCUGGGUAUCUUUGACACCAUCUCGUCUAUUCCUGGCAUCCGUCUCCCCUUCGAGAGACUGACGGCCCUCUGUCGUGAAGAAGGCGUGCUGAGCUUCAUCGACGGUGCACACGCAGUUGGGCACCUGAACGUGGACUUGGCCGCCUUAGAUCCAGACUUCUUCGUCAGCUGUUGUCAUAAAUGGCUGUUUGUACCCCGAGGAUGUGCGGCGUUGUACGUGCCAACCCGCCACCAGUGGAUGAUCAGAAGCACUCUCCCCCUAAGCCAUGGCUUUAUACCUACCAAGGACCUCGACCAACGCAAGGUCGACGGGAAACUGGCUCAGGAUCUCGCCAACGGGAAGAACGCGUUCGUCCAUAACUUUGAAUUCGUUGCACCCAUGGACAACUUCGGAUACCUCUGUAUCCCGGAGUCGAUCAGGUGGCGCGAGGAAGUUUGCGGGGGCGAGAAGGCCAUCCAGACAUACUGUGUCAACCUGGCUCGCGAAGGAGGGAAGAAGAUUGCAAACAUACUUGGAACCCGCGUCCUAGAUAACGAGUCACAGAGUAUGUCGGCGGCCUGUAUGACCAACGUCCUGCUCCCACUCACCCUGGGCGGAGAUAAGUCCGAGGGUCAACAUAUUGUCAGAGCCCGGCCAGGGAUCCAGUUCACCGUCGUCGACUGGAUGAUGCGGAAGAUGGCCAUCGAGUACGAGACCAUGAUGCCGGUAUUCUUCUUCCAGGGCGCAUGGUGGGUGCGAGCGAGUGCGCAAGUGUUCCUGGAAGUCAGCGACUUUGAGUGGGCUGGCAGGAUGCUGGAGGAUCUAUGUGAGCGAGUCGGACACGGGGAGCACCUCAAGGCAUAG